UAUUAUUAUUAUUAUUAUUAUUAUUAUUAUUAUUAUUAUUAUUGAUCACGUGUUGCAGCCUACUCACAUCGCUCUUGCUGCCUAAAACAUCAGUUGCUUAAAUUUCUCGAUGAAUCAUUCGUCUUCCUAUAUAUAUGCGCUUGAACCUUAUUAAUUCAUUCGACUCGUAAUUCGCCUCUGUAUUUGUUUGCUCACUCGCGUUAGCAUUUCUGCUUGGAUCCGCUUUGUGUGUUUGUGUCUCAGUGAUUUGCUCUGUUCAAUGGCAAAUUGUAGUCUAUGCUUCGUAUUGUCUCCUGAAAUUUAUACACCGUUGUGAUUUAUCUAGGAAUGGUUAUCAGGAAGAUUGAUGUAUGAAACUUUAGGAAGUGUGUCGAAGAUAAUCCCCUACAAGUCCUAUCUGGUGGUAUAUAGGCUUGUCCAAGUCACCAUUAAUUGGUAACCAACGUCUAUACAAAGUACUUCUAAAGAAUAGUGGGGACCUGUCUGGACUCUUGCUGUGGUUGGACAGUAAAAAUGGUCAGAAGGACCAUUUUCCUGGGAAUUUGUGCGAGUGUUACUAGAGGCUUGGUAAAUGAGAUCACACUAAUUCGCGAUAUUGUAAAUGGUCCCUAGGUCCAAAGUCAUGUUUGAACAUACUAAACAGGCUACUCCAAUAGUUACAACUACCAACUAGUACUCACUAAAAAUGAUAACUCUGUUUUAGAUUUUAAUUUAUCUAUACAUCUUGUCCUCUGUUGGAUAAUUACGAAAGUUCAUGUUGUGGAACUUUAGCUUAGUAUCCCGAUUAUCAGUAAAUGUUGGCAUAGUGUCUCGAUCCAAUAAUUCGAAUGUCACUACUUCUAGGGGAAUAUGUUUAGUAUAAACAUAUGUGAGUAUGCUUAGUUUCCUAAUACUAACUUAAAGUAAGUUUACAUUCAUAACUUUCCGUUAUAAAUAAACUUUGAUUACUAUUCCAAACCUGCACAAAUUUACAAAUGCUUUUUAACUCCAAACUGGGUCCAUGUAAGUUGAUUUAGUGCAAUUGUCAGUAAAAAUCGAUUCGUAAUAGUCAGGAUCAGUUAAUAACCGAUAAAAAUACACUAGUCCAAGAACCUAGUUAUCUAACUGUUACUAUCAAACAACUAUUAUUCGAAAGAUGGAAAUUACCACAUGGAUAUCGUUCUGCUGCAUAUUUAUGGCAGCCUUAUGGUGAUUCAAAAUGACGUCAUUCAUACUACUUCAUUACUUAAACUACUAUCAGAAACGCCUUAGAAACGGCACACUACUCCAUUCACCUACUUUAGUAAUCCCUAAGUAGGUUCUCAGCGCUGGUGUUUUCUAAUAUAUUUGGUUUUUGGUUUUAAUACAAACUUUUGUCCAAAGGAAAUUAUUAAGUUUUUCGUUCCUAUUUACAUAGUAUUCGGUACUAGUAACCUAACUGGUCGGUGAUUCUUUUUCUACAGCUCUGAUUAAAAUAAGUAAUAUUCAUCCAAUUUGUACUUGUGGUUUUAGAUAGUUGAAGCUAUUACGACGAUCCUGUAAACAACUGUAAAGAUGGGUAAACAAAAAACCCAACAAGAUGAAGACAUAAGUCUUGAGGAUAAUCCUAAUAACCCCACGUUUGAAACAGAGAAAUCACCUAAAACAUCGAAAAUACGUGCACGUAAGCACCAUGAUGAAGCCAAAGCUGUCAAUCACAAUGACCACAACACAUCUCUGUCAUCUAAUAAAAUUAAACAAAAAGGUGAAACAGUUAUUGUAAAAGAGUCUAAAAAAGAUAAAAAGCUUAAACGAAAGCUCAGUUCUAAUCCUCGGAGCGGUGAUGCUAUUCUUGAUAGUACUGAGUUCAGUUCUGAGAUGAGGAAGGACAGUGUGUCAGAAUUACCGUUAAAAAAGAGAAAGCAUAGUUCUACGUCUAGUGGUCAGAACGAAUGCGAUUUAAGUAAUGAAAAUACUUGCCAUGGGGUUGAUAUACCUAGGCUCAAAACAAAUAACGAAGCGUCUUCGGAACAUAAAACACAGAACUACUGUUCUUUGUUGGAUGUUCAUCCUAAAAGCACCUCUGGUGACCAAAAAGCAUUGAAGAGAUAUAAGGGGGUCGAACUCAGGAAAAAUGAGGCUGUAAAUAAAUCAAAAGAAAGGAAAAGAAGAAAGGACGUUUCCUCGUUAGGAAUUCAAAGUCAAAGUAUUUCUUCCAACCAAACGGUAUCUAGCACAUCUUAUAAAAGCAAGUUACCAGACGGUAUAACAGUAUCGUAUAACUUGUCAAAACCCAAAAGGUGCAAACAGAAUGCUCCACACAAGAUUGAAGAAGGAAAAUGGUAUCAUGAAUCUGAACUUUCUAAUGACGAAGAAUAUUUCACGAGUGAUGAAAGUUCUAUUGAAGUAGAUAACCCACAAAGUAGAAGCCUUCAACGUCAAAAUAGACGACUGUUAAAUGAACGUUUAUCAAGAACCAUAUUCGUUGGCAAUUUACCACUGAAUAUUACCAAAAAAAGAGUGGAAGCUCUAUUUAAUAAUGUACUGAAAAAUAACAAAAUUUCAUCUUCAGAUUGCCGUGUUGAAUCCGUCAGAUUUCGUGGUGUUAUUCCAGUUACUGGUGGUACUAGUAGAUUAGCACGAAAACGUGCAGCUAUCACGGGUGAAUCUUCAGGUGUUUCUAAAUUUCGUAUGGGUUAUGUUGUUCUAACAACAAAGAUCGGUGUACCAAUUGUACUUUCCUUAGAUGGAUGCUGUUUGAAUUCGGAUGGUUUUAUUGUGAAUCCGGAAGAAUCAAUUAAUGUCAUUGGUGAUAAAACUGAAUCUACCAAUAAUGGUAGUAAUAAUAAUAAUACUAAUGACGUAUAUCAUAUUCGAGUUGACAAAGCAACUGAUAAUAAUGAUAAAACACAUUGUAAACUAGAUAAUAGUGUUUUUGUGGGCAAUCUACCGUUCGAUUGUAAUGAAGAAGAGAUUUACAGCACUUUGUCUACAUUAGGAUCAAUAAAAAGUGUCCGUCUAAUACGUGAUUCUCAAACUGGUGCUGUACGUGGAUUCGGUUAUGUAGCAUACAACGACCCAUCGAUUAUACCAUUAGCUAUACGUUCAUCUAAUACACUGAGUAUACGUGGGAGACAAAUAAGAAUUAUGGAGUGUAAAGUGAAGAAAAUUAAAAAUAAAGAAGGCUCUCAACAGAUUAAAUUUCAUCGUCAUCGUCACGAUAAAAAUAAUAAAAUAUUCAAUACUGAUCCGAAGAAAAAGGAUAAACGAGCAAAAAAGGCGAUAAAGAGGGAAAAGAUGAAGGGACAACAACCAUUCAAGUUAACUCAUAGUGACACUGGUGAUGGCAAUAAUAAAAAGAUGUCAGAAAAUAAUGAAGUGCUUUUUAAGAAAAAAAUACACAAAAAGAAGAAAACGUUGAAUAACAUGAAGAUACACAAAAAAUAAACUGGUUAGAAACUGAGGAAUUAAUAAUGUAAAUGUGUAUAUGUAUAUUUUAAAUAUAAUAUAUACCAUAAUUUAUAUCAUGUACAUAAUGUAACGAUGCAUAUUGCAUUAAAUAAAUAACUGAUUGUAAUUAGACUUUGUAUUUGCUAGUAUA